CAGUGGAAAUAUCAAAGUCUGUCUAAUUUGUCGAUUAUAAAAAAAUUUCCGUGGUCAAUCACCAAUUUCCAUCGCACCAGUUACUCGCAAGACUAACCCGUAUAUCAUAUCCGAAUUUCAGUUUCACUACUUGACGCGUUCUUUGAUGCGUCGCGGUCAAACAUUGACAAUUUAACUGCUAAAAGGCUUAAAAAAUCAAUUGUGGUCUUGUCUCUUCCGUUUUUUCGUUGAAAAUUCACAUUUACGACCUCUAAACUGACUACAAGCAUUCAGGAAUGAGUUGAUGAUUGCUAUUUGGUGAUCUGAUCAGGCAAUUGGACUCAAGGUGAAACAGUGCUGCUGUUCUAUUGUGGUUUUCUCUGAAGUUGUAAAGGGCACUCUAUAUAAGAAGUGUAACCAUGAUGAGCAAGAGAAGUGGAAAAUAUGAAGUAACUCGCCAAACUGGGUCCAAGAGAAAGAGGAUGCUCAUGGCUGAGAAAUUAAAAGCAAAAACAAAGAUGAGUGUCCAAAAACUUGAUACAGGUGGCUUUACAAAAGGUGAUUCAUUAAAAAAUAUGAAGGGACCUACACUUGGGGUGGUGUCAAAACAAAGACAGGUGACAUAUAAAGAUCAGAGGAGAGUAUCCGACCGUACCUCAUCUUCUGAAGCAUCAGAAAGUGAAUCUGACAGUACGAUAAAUGGUGUAAUUGGUGUUCAAGAUGAGGUGGUACCUGAUAAACUGACUGGUGAAUCGAACAGUGAGUAUUCAGAUUCAGAAAGUAGUGACGAAGAAAUGAAAACAAGUCAAAUGAUCUCCGCAAAGACUAGUAAAAAUAAUAAACUUUCAAUGAAAGCUAAAUCUGAUUCAAGCGGUGACACAUCUGCCUCAGAUUCAGAAGAUAGCAGUAAUGAAGAUGAGAAGAGUCAGGAUAUUUCUUCAAAAGCAAAAAGAGUAAAACUUUCAAAUGAAAAGGAGAUUAAGCCUGCUGACGGGGAAAUGGAGUCGGAAGAUGAGUCAUCAGAAAACGGUGUCAGUGAUGAGAGUGAUGGAGAUGCAUCAAACUAUAACAAGGAUAAGGCUGACAAUUCAAACCUUAGGGAAGAACUAGAGGAGACAACUGGUAAUGAUGAAUAUGAUUCCAUCAGAAAAGAAAUUGCAAACAUGCCUUUUGAUGAGCUUCAGAAGUUAAGGGAAAGAGUUGGAUCUAAAGUGUAUUACCAAGCGUUGUUCGGUAAAGGCAACCAUGAGACAGGAAAGAAGAGAAUAUUCAAGAGAGCAAAUAAAAACAGACCAAUGGAAAUGUCAUCAAAGGCUCCAGUGCGAAGGUACAGACAGAUGCAAGCCAAAAAGGCAAAGGUAACUAGAGACCCAAGAUUUGAUGAUCUAUCCGGGACGUAUAAUGAGAACCUCUUUAAGCGGUCCUAUGGAUUCAUUGAUGAUAUCAAAGCAAAGGAGAAAGAAAAAAUCCAAAAAAAGUUGAAGAAAGAGAAAGACCCUGAUAAAGUCGUCAAUAUGAAGUACCUGGUCAAUAGAAUGACGCAACAAGAAAAAUCUGAUAAAGAAAAGGAAAGAAAGUCACAACAAUCAAGAGAGAUUAAAAAGAAGGAAAAGGCUUUGGUGCAGGAAGGAAAGACUCCAUUUUAUCUGAAGAAAUCUGAAAAGAAGAAGUUUGAGUUGGCUGAGAAAUUCAGGGAGCUGAAGAAAUCUGGGAAACUUGAAAAAUAUCUCAACAGGAAAAGAAAGAAGACAGCCAGCAAAGACCGAAAACAUCUUCCUAAUAUGCAUUCAAGAUAGACAUUUUGUUUUUGAUAAAAAAUGUUCACCAAUUGGGAUUUAUGAUCUGUCUUGUAUAUGCAGAUUUGGGCAAUCGUUAGGUGCAUUCCAUCUUCGAAGGGAAAUAAGGAGAGAUACCAUUUUAAAAAAAUCAUUUUACCAAACACUUAUGAUGUGUUCCUACUCUGUAGUCCUAAACACUUUAUUAACCCCAGGAAUCUUGCUAGAAAUGUCUAUAGUCAACAGAGUACAUGUAGCCAUGAAGGUUAAACUGUUGUAACAUUCUUGAUUCCGAAUUGAUUCGUUCAGAAUAAAAAAGCCUUUUAAUCAUU